AAUAAUCGCGAGUUUUUAAAAUACCAGUCAUGAGUAAUUAUAAAUGAAUGAUUUAAUUAAAUUUAAAAAUUUUAAAUAGUUAAAUAAAUAAAAUGGCAACUGUUAAAGUAACUGAGCAAAAGGUUAUUCUGUGUGGCGAAUAUGGUGUGGGAAAAACUUCUAUUUUUCGAAGGUUCGCUAACAACAGUUUUGUGACAAGUACUGACAGAAAAUCCACUCUUGGACUUGAUAACAUUGACAAAGAGUAUAUUGUCGACGAUCGACGUAUCAAACUCCAAUUAUGGGACACGGGAGGCAUGGAAAGAGUUGCAUCAGUUACCUCAAGUUAUUAUAAAUUCGCAGAAGCUGCUAUUCUAGUAUUCGCCCUUGAUAAUGCAACCUCAUUUCAUCUUUUAUCGCAACAUUUACUUGAUAUAGUUACUUACGCUGAAAACGCUAAAAUAUUUUUAUGUGGUAAUAAAAACGAUAUCGAAACUAAUGAUCCUCUUGUUACUGAUGCUGAGAUGGAACAAUUCUGUGAACAAUGUCAUAAUUUAAUAUCAGCGACUUACAAAACGUCAUGUAAAACCGGAGAAGGUAUAAAUGAAAUGUUCGAAGACAUAGCUCAACAUUUGGUGGAAGCCAAUAGAUCAAAGAUGGGCUUACAUGACAUGGACGACCACUUCAAAAUUUCAUACGUCGACGAAGCCAACGAUCCGUCAUGCUUGUGCUAAUUUACAACGAAUAAUAUAUUUAUAUAUAUAUAUAAAUUUAAUCUCGGUUAUGAAUUUACAUCGCGUUUUUUUUUUUUUUU